AAUUUUUUGGUGGGUGGGUGGUAAAGAAGGAUUACCGUUAAAGCUGGCGUUGAAUGAGGAGCUGGAAGAAUUUUGUCUGAAUUUAGGAAUUUUUUUGAUAUUUUUUAACUUUAUUUGUUCAUAGGAUUCUUGAAGAUGACAAAUAUUUAGGACCCAUUUUUGGUUUAGUGUUGUUUUUUAGCUUGGUUUAGUUUUGGUAACUUAUUUAAUUUAGGAUUGUUUAAAAAGUUGAGAUUUUUCCUUUUUUCUCCUGUGUUUUGAACUGACUUUUAAGUCAUAGAAGAUAUUAUCAAAUACUAUUUAGGACCCAUUUUUGGUUCAAUGUAAUUUCUUAAUAAUAUUUUUAAUUUUUUUUACUUUAUUUAUAUUUGUUUGGUUGUCUUUAUUGUAUUUGCAGAUCUAUGAAUGUGAAAGCUUCAAUCUUUUUUCUCUAAUAUUUAUUUUUCUUGAUAGAAUAAUUAGGUUUUUACAUAUCUAGAAGGAAAAGGAAUCGACCCUUUUGGUUCUUCUUUCUUCUGAGCUCCAAAAAUCCUUUCUUUUCUUGUUUUUUUUUGUUCUUUUAACUGUUUUGUUCAUUUUGGAGCUCCUAUAUAGUAAUUUUAGCAGGAGUUUGAGGUGGGGUUUUGUGGUUUUUGAAAAAUCUGUGUUUGGUUGUGAAGUAAAAUUGGCUAAAAAAGCUUAUGAAGAAAAAAAUGGGUUGCUUUUCUUGCAUGAAGUUUAAUCGAAAAGAUGUAAGAGAUUUUGAUGAAGAUAUGGGUUCAAGAUCCAUCAAAUCUUCAGGGAAAGGUAGAAAAGGACGUUCUUUAGGAGGGAAAAGCGGGGAAAGCAACAACCAGAAGGGUAAUGUUGCGCGCAGUUUCACCUUCAAAGAACUUGCCUUAGCAACCCAGAAUUUCAGAGAAGCUAAUCUUCUUGGCGAAGGCGGUUUUGGAAGUGUGUACAAGGGCCGCCUUGAAUCAGGCCUGGUUGUUGCAAUCAAACAACUUAAUCUUGACGGUCUUCAAGGACACCAGGAGUUCAUUGUGGAGGUUCUCAUGUUGAGUUUAUUACAUCACAAAAAUCUUGUCAACUUGAUCGGAUACUGCACUGAUGGAGACCAAAGGCUCUUGGUUUAUGAGUUCAUGCCAAUGGGUAGCCUGGAGAAUCAUCUUUUUGAUUUAGAACGAGGAAAGAAGCCACUGAGUUGGAGCACGAGACUUAAAAUUGCUUCUGGUGCAGCUCAUGGACUUGAAUAUCUUCAUUGCGAAGCGAAUCCCCCUGUCAUAUACCGUGAUUUGAAAUCUUCAAACAUAUUGUUGGACAAUGAUUUCAACCCAAAACUGUCAGAUUUUGGACUUGCAAAAUUGGGACCUGUCGGCGAAAACACCCAUGUUUCGACGCGAGUGAUGGGAACCUAUGGAUACUGUGCCCCUGAGUAUGCCAUGAGUGGAAAAUUGACUCUGAAAUCUGACAUUUAUAGUUUAGGUGUUGUACUGUUGGAGUUAAUAACAGGGCGAAAGGCUUAUGACAACUCUAAAGAGGCUGGAGAACAGAACCUUGUUGUUUGGUCUCGUCCUUUCCUUAAGGACCGGAGGAAGUUUGUUCAUAUGGUUGAUCCUUUGUUGAAUGGUCAGUUUUCCGUGCGCUCUUUGCACCAUGCAGUUGCAAUUACUGCAAUGUGUAUCCAGGAGCAAGCCAGUUUUCGCCCCAUCAUCAGUGAUAUUGUUGUCGCACUUGACUAUCUUGUUUCACAAGCAGAAAGCUCUGAUUCGCAAGGAGGUGGUUCACAAACUGUAAAGCAAACACAUCAUCACAAGGAUAAUUAAACGUCAGUUCAAGAAAACAAACUUUUGAAUAUAGAUCUGCUCCGUGUUAAAGCUUGUCCACAUCAAAUUGCUAAAGGUCAUGAUGAGAACUGCUGAGGAGUAUUGAGGUAAGAAGACAUCUCACAUGCAAUGCGCUUCCGCUGAUUAUGAUGAACUGUAAAGAAGGUGCACAAAAUGUUAACAAAAUACUGCUAUUAGGAUUUUGUUCUAAGCGAAAGUUAGUUACAUAUAUCUGACCGUUUAAGUGUGUUGGAUUCGCCAAAGGUAGGUUGAUGGAGAUAGUUUAGAAACAUUCUUUUACGCGUCUCUUGUCUACAUAUUUUCUUUCUUCUCCUGUUUGGUUGGUGUGGAUUGAGGAAGUUCUCGUUUAUUAUACAAACUUUGAAGUUGAUAUGUGAAUAUAUAUGUCAAGAUGCCUACAGGAUGAUCAUUUCAAUCUGUAAUUUAUAUGCCUUGAAAUACGAAACGCGAUCGUGGACCGGAAAUUGUAAUAGAAAGACUAGUUUUAUC